AAGAAGAUCACUCCGACUCCCUGACAUACAGGAAGAAGUUCACCAAGUCUCCAAAACUCCGAGACUCGCUCAAAUUAGCCAUUUCCUACAACAAACACCGUCUUUAUUUUUACGAUUCCACCUCUUCUUUCGGGACGUGCGGACGCGGCUGGCAGCAGAAUGGGCUGUGCCGCUGGACCGGAGGGGCAGUGAACGCGACGAUCACCUCAGCCACAUUGUCGCCCCCCAACAUGGGAAGGUCGUUUGCUCGCGUCCAGUAGCGAAAGAUGUCUGACAGGUCCAGUUUUCUCCACAUCGGAGACAUCGUGUCUCUGUACGCGGAAGGUUCGGUGAAUGGCUUCAUCAGUACGUUGGGUCUUGUCGAUGACAGAUGUGUCGUCCAGCCGGAUGCAGGAGACCUUGCAAACCCCCCCAAAAAGUUCAGAGACUGCCUCUUCAAGGUUUGUCCCAUGAACAGAUAUUCAGCCCAGAAGCAGUUCUGGAAAGCGAAACAGGGGAAACAAGGAAACAACAACAACAACUCGCAGGGCGACUUGUUCAAGAAGCUGCAGCACGCGGCAGAACUUGAACAGAAGCAGAAUGAGUCAGAGAAUAAAAAGAUCCUCGGAGACGUCGUCAAAUACAGCAACGUCAUUCAGCUGCUACACAUCAAGAGUAACAAAUACCUGACGGUGAAUAAGCGUCUCCCUGCUUUACUGGAGAAGAAUGCCAUGCGAGUUUCUCUGGACACCGCCGGGAAUGAGGGCUCCUGGUUCUACAUCCAGCCCUUCUGGAAGCUCCGAAGCGAAGGAGAUAAUGUGGUGGUUGGAGAUAAGGUGGUGCUAAUGCCGGUGAAUGCUGGUCAACCUCUUCAUGCCAGCAACAUCGAGCUGCUGGACAAUCCUGGCUGCAAAGAGGUCAACGCAGUAAACUGCAACACCAGCUGGAAGGUCACACUGUUCAUGAAGUUCAGCGACUACAAAGAGGAUGUCCUGAAGGGGGGAGACGUGGUGCGGCUGUUUCAUGCCGAGCAGGAGAAGUUCCUGACCUGUGACGAGUACAAGAAGCAGCAACACGUCUUUCUCCGCACCACACUGCGGCAGUCGGCCACAUCGGCCACCAGCUCCAAAGCCCUGUGGGAGAUUGAGGUUGUGCACUAUGACCCCUGCAGGGGUGGAGCUGGACAGUGGAACAGCCUCUUCAGAUUCAAACACUUGGCAACAGGCAAUUACCUGGCUGCUGAGGUGAAUCCUGAAUUCAAAGACAUCCCAGGGGAGCCAAGGAAAGAGGUUGAGACAGAUGCUGUUUUCUCAAAGAGGAAACAUCAAGCGGCAGACAAGAUCGCCUUCACUCUGGUUUCCGUCCCACACGGUAAUGACAUCGCCUCCCUGUUUGAGCUGGACGCUACCACCCUGCAGCGAGCCGACUGUCUGGUUCCCAGAAACUCUUAUGUGCGACUCAGACACUUGUGCACCAACACGUGGGUGACCAGCACCAAUGUCCCCAUCGAUGCUGAGGAGGAGCGUCCAGUUAUGCUCAAGAUCGGCACCUGCUACACCAAAGAGGACAAGGAGGCUUUUGCUAUCGUGUCUGUCCCCUUGUCUGAGGUCAGAGACUUGGACUUUGCCAACGAUGCCAGCAAGGUCCUGGAGUCCACUGUGAAGAAGCUCCAAUACGGGAACAUAGCUCAGAAUGAGAGAAGGUUUGUGACCAAGCUGCUGGAAGACUUGGUUUUCUUCGUGUGUGUGGUUCCCAAUAACGGCCAGGAUGUUCUUUCGGUGGUCACGUCGACACCCAACAGAGAGAGACAGAAACUCAUGAGGGAGCAGAACAUACUGGCUCAGAUCUUUGGCAUCCUGAAGGCUCCAUUUACAGAUCAAGGCGAUGGUCCGAUGCUAAAGCUGGAGGAUUUGGGUGACCAGCGCUAUGCUAACUUCAAGUACAUGCUACGGCUCUGCUAUAGAGUGCUACGACACUCGCAGCAGGACUAUCGCAAAAACCAGGAAUACAUCGCAAAGAAAUUCUCAAUCAUGCAGUCUCAAAUCGGAUACGAGAUCCUCGCUGAAGACACGAUUACAGCGCUGCUGCACAACAACCGCAAGCUGCUGGAAAAGCACAUCACAGCCAGAGAAAUCGAGACCUUCGUCAACCUGCUGAGACGCAACAGAGAGCCGAGAUUCCUGGAUUACCUCUCGGAUCUGUGUGUGUCCAAUAAGACUGCCAUCCCCGUCACCCAGGAGCUUAUCUGCAAAUUUAUGUUGAACCCCACCAACGCCGAUAUCCUCAUCCAGACCAAAUUAAUCCCCAACAUUGAGAAUACCCUGGAAUCCUCGCUGAUGCAGGAGGAGAUGGAGGAGGAGGAAGUUUGGCUUUACUGGAUCGACAGCCAUAAAGAGCCUCACGGCAAGUCCAUCCGCCACUUGGCCCAGGAUGCCAAGGGAAACCACAAGAUGGAUGUAGAUAUUAUCACCUACUACAGGUACCAGCUGAACCUGUUUGCUAAAAUGUGUCUGGACCGUCAGUACCUGGCCAUCAAUCAGAUCUCCUGUCAGCUGCCUGUGGAUUUGAUCCUGCGCUGCAUGUUCGACGACUGUCUGCCUUACAACCUCCGAGCGUCGUUUUGCCGCCUCAUGCUUCACAUGCAUGUGGACCGUGACCCGCAGGAAGCCGUGGUUCCUGUGCGUUACGCCCGCCUGUGGACAGAAAUCCCAUCUAAAAUCACCAUCCAUGAAUUUGAAUACGAGUCCACUGACUCUUCAAGAGAUGAUAUGAAGAGGAAGUUUGCUCCGACGAUGGAAUUUGUUGAGGAAUACCUGAAGGAUGUGGUCAACCAACCGUUUCCCUUUGGGGACAAAGACAAGAAUGAACUUACACUAGAGGUGGUGAACCUGGCACGUAACCUGGUUUACUUUGGCUUCUACAGCUUCAGUGAGCUCCUUCGCCUCACACGCACUCUGCUGGCCAUCCUGGAUAUUGUCCAGCACCCACUGACGUUCAUGAACAAGCUCAACAAGAGUCCAGAGGCUGGCAACAACGUCCUGCGAACGAUCCACGGUGUUGGUGAAAUGAUGACCCACAUGGUGAUGAGUCGUGGGUUGCCUCACAGCAUCCCGGACACUCCGCCCUCACUACGCUAUGGGAAAGGUCACCUCAUGCCUGACAAUGAGGACGUGAUGGUGAUGGACACUAAACUUAAGAUCAUAGAGAUCCUACAGUUCAUCCUGAGUGUGAGGUUGGACUACAGAAUCACUUAUUUACUGUCCAUCUACAAAAAAGAAUUUGGAGAAAAAUCUAUUACUGACAGCACCUCUGCUGAUGUGUCCCCUUUCGCCCCAACUGAGCCUGACAUCGAUGAAAUUACAGCUAAGGCGGACAGCAUGUUUGCAGGCAGCUCGGAGCUCAGUGCGGUGGAGCUGGACGACGAGGGGGGUCGGACAUUUUUGAGGGUCCUGAUCCAUCUCAUCAUGCAAGAUUACCCCCCUCUGGUGUCUGGCUCGCUUCAGCUCAUCUUUAAACACUUCAGCCAAAGAGCAGAGGUGCUGCAGGCCUUCAAGCAGGUCCAGCUCCUGGUGUCGGAGCAGGAUGUGGAGAACUACAAGCAGAUCAAGACAGACCUGGACCAGCUUCGUCUGACUGUGGAGAAAUCCGAGCUGUGGGUGGAAAAGAGUGGCGGUUACAGCGAAGAUCUGAACGGCAGGCAGGUCAAGGAGAAGAACAUCGAGGAAGUCGUGCUGAGCCCCGUCCAGGAUGGCGACAUCAAACCCCAGAUCGACAGCAACAAAGCUAACAACUACAACAUUGUGAAAGAGAUCCUCCAGCGGCUCUGCAAACUUUGUCACCAGCACAAAAAGAGUCGUGCACAGAAGCAGAGGCUUCUGAAGAACAUGGGGGCUCACACAGUCGUGUUGGACCUGCUGCAGAUCCCCUACGAGAAGACUGAUGAGAAGAUGAAUGAGGUGAUGACUUUGGCACACACCUUUCUGCAGAACUUCUGCAGGGGGAAUGAUCAGAACCAAGUUUUACUACAUAAACACUUGAACCUCUUCCUCACUCCUGGGCUGCUAGAGGCUGAGACAUUGCGUCACAUAUUUAUGAAUAAUUACCAGCUCUGCAAUGAGAUCAGUGACCGUGUCGUCCACCACUUUGUGCACUGCAUUGAAACCCACGGACGCCAUGUCCUCUACCUCAAGUUCCUGCAGACUGUCGUAAAAGCUGACGGGAAAUACGUGAAGAAAUGUCAAGAUAAAGUCAUGACAGAGCUUGUGAAUGGAGGAGAGGAUGUCCUUGUCUUCUACAACGACCGGUCAUCCUUCCCAGUUCUGCUGCAGAUGAUGGGCUCUGAGCGCGAGCGGGCGGAUGAAGACGGCGCACUGGCUUACCACAAUACUCUGGUGGAGCUGCUGGCCGCCUGCACCGAGGGCAAGAAUGUCUACACCGAACUGAAGUGUAACUCUCUGCUGCCGCUGGAUGACAUCGUCAAAGUUGUCACCGAUGUCAACUGUGUACCUGAGGUCAAAACAGCCUACGUGAACUUUGUGAAUCACUGCUAUGUGGACACUGAAGUGGAAAUGAAAGAGAUCUACACCUCCAAUCAUAUUUGGAAGCUCUUUGAGAACUUUCUGGUGGACAUGGCCACUGUGUGUAACUCGACCACAGACCGAAACCACGCUGACUUAGCUCUGGAGAAGUACGUGACGGAGACAGUGAUGGCCAUCGUGAAAGGCUUCUUCAGCUCGCCCUUCUCUGUCAAUCACUCCAACUUGCAGAAUAACCAGUCCAUCUUCAUCAAGCUGCUCCAGUCUUCAUUCAGACUCUGCAACUGCAACUGGGUGGUGUCGGCUCAGAAGGCAAACAUCGAGAGCUGCAUCAAAACACUGGCUGAUGUGGCUAAAGCUCGAGCAAUCGCCAUCCCAGUGGACCUGGACAGUCAGGUCAACACACUGUCUCUUAAGGUACAUACCACCAUGGUGCAGCGUGCAGCCAAGGACUGGAGGAUCACCGCUCGGAACCGACCUCGCAAGGAGCCACUCGGUGGUCCAGACUACAAGAAUAUCAUUGAAAAACUACAGGGAGUUGUGUCCUGUCUGGAGGAGCAGUACAGUCCAAAAGUUCAAUCAGAGUUUUCUGUGCUGGUAGACGUGCUGCACAGUCCUGAGCUGCUGUUUCCAGAGGAGGCUCGGGUGCGCUGUGAGAGCGGCGCCUUCAUGUCCAAGCUGAUAAAACACACGCAGAAGCUGAUGGACAAGGAAGAGAAGCUCUGCAUCAAGAUUCUGCAGACGCUCAGACAGAUGCUGGACAAAAAGGAGAGCUUCCAGGAGUCAGGAAACGAGCUGAGAAAGAUUCUCCUCACACGCUACUUUGGAAAUCAAAAGCUUCUCGCCAAAUCAGAGCACACGAGUGGAGUUGUCUCGACUGGAGGUGGUGCGCACAUGCUGGAGUCUGACAAGCCAGGCAGCAGUUUAUGGGAGAUCCAGUGCUUGCUGGAUAACGUCGGAACAUCCGAACUGGUGAUUGACCUCAUUGUCAACACUAAGAAUGAUCGGGUUUUUGAAGAGAGCAUCCUGCUUGGCAUCGCUCUGCUGCAGGGAGGGAACACACAGAUCCAGAACUCCUUUUACUGCCAACUGUACAAGCAGAGGAAGUCUGAGAGGUUCUUCAAGGUCUUCUACGACCGCAUGCGCUUGGCUCAACAGGAAAUUAGAGCCACGGUGUCUGUCAACAUGUUUGAGGUCAGCAGCAGAAAGAGGGACGAAGACUCCGACAGCAGUGGCGUCAGAUUUAGGAAGGGAAAUGAAUCCGGACUUUUGAUGAGGGAGGACAUGCGUGGUCAGCUGAAGGAGGCCUCUUCAGCCACCUCGAGGGCCUUCUCUGCCUUCAGGAAAGAGCUGGACCCAGAUCUGGACGGGCUGGGUCACAGCUACGAAGGGAUUGGGAGUGAGGAGGUGAUAGAGGAAACUCAGAUGAGUCCCACAAUCACCAUCAUGAAGCCCAUCUUGCGUUACUUGCAGCUUCUCUGUGAGAACCACAACUCGGACCUGCAGAAUUUUCUGCGCAACCAGAACAACAAGACAAACUACAAUCUGGUCUGUGAGACCCUUCAGUUCUUGGACUGCAUUUGUGGUAGCACCACUGGAGGUCUUGGUCUUCUGGGACUCUAUAUAAAUGAGAAUAAUGUGGACCUGGUGCGACAAACUUUGGAGACCAUCACAGAGUACUGCCAGGGUCCCUGCCAUGAAAACCAGACAUGUAUCGCCAAGCACGAGUCAAACGGCAUCGACAUCAUCAUCGCUUUGAUAGUCAACCAGAUCAACCCACUGGGGAAGCACCGACUGGACCUGGUGAUGCAGCUCAAGAAUAAUGCAUCCAAGCUGCUGCUCGCCAUCAUGGAAAGUCGCCAUGACAGUGAAAACGCAGAGAAGAUUCUCUAUAAGAUGAGACCAACUGAACUGGUGGAUGUCAUGAAGGAGGCGUAUAAUCAGGGCCUUGAGAGCGAAGAGGAGGGGGACGGCACAGGGGACCAGAUCAAUUCUAAGGAUGUUGGACACAAUAUUUACAUCUUAGCCCAUCAGCUUGCAAGGCACAACAAGAUCCUCCAGCAGAGCCUGAGACCCGGCUCGUGUUUGGGUCCAGGAUCCAGUAUGGACUCCGACAUUGAAAAAGAUGAUGCUCUUCAUUUUUAUGCCAAACACACUGCUCAGAUCGAGAUCGUACGUCAUGACCGGACCAUGGAGCAGAUCGUGUUCCCGGUCCCGAAUAUCUGCGAGUACCUCACUGAAGAGUCCAUGUUCCGCGUCUUCACGACCACCGAGCGAGACGACCAGGGAAGCAAGGUCAACGACUUCUUCCAGCAGUUUGACAACCUCUACAAUGAGAUGAGGUGGCAGAAGAAAAUCCGCAAAAACAAGGCCAUGUUCUGGUUCUCCCGCCACAUCUCUCUGUGGGGGAGCAUCUCCUUCUACCUGGCCUGCUUGCUCAACAUAUCUGUGGCUGUUUUCUACCCGUUUGGUGAUGAUGGAGAUGAGGGUACUCUGUCCCCGUUCUGGAACAUCUGCCUGUGGGUGGCCUUGGGAGUCAUCACCACUCUACUUCCAGUUCUGCCUAAACCAUGGGGCAUUUUCUUCUUCCUGGUCUCCCUCAUCCUUCGAGCCAUCUACACUAUGGGCCUGGCUCCUGCUCUGUUGUUGUUAGGUACAGUCAAUCUCUUCAACAAAUUGGUCUUCCUUGUGAGUUUCGUGGGAAACCAGGGAACUUUCACUCGAGGAUACAAAGCAGUUGUGAUGGACAUGCUGUUUAUUUAUCAUCUCGGUUACGCCAUCAUCUGCGUCCUGGGCCUUUUUGUGCACGAGUUCUUCUACAGUUUUUUGUUGUUUGACCUGGUGAUCCGAGAGGAGACGCUGCUGAAUGUAAUAAAGAGCGUGACGAGAAACGGCCGUUCCAUUAUUCUGACCGCCGUCCUGGCCAUCUUUCUCGUCUACUUCUUCUCCAUCAUCGGCUUCCUCUUCCUGAAGGACGACUUUCGCAUGGAGGUGGACCGCCUUCCCCCUGCAGGAAAGCCUGACCUGUGGCAAGGUUCUAGUCACGCACAUUCGUGUUCAAAAGAUACUUGUCCAGUUACGUCAGCUGACAAAAUCGCUGAGGAAGACGAUGGGACGGAGCGGGUGUGCGACACGCUGCUCAUGUGUAUAAUCACAGUGUUGAAUCAGGGGCUGCGUAAUGGAGGAGGAGUGGGAGAUAUCCUCAGAAGGCCUUCCAAAUCGGAGCCUCUUUUUGCAGCCCGGGUGGUUUACGACCUCCUGUUCUUCUUUGUUGUCAUCAUCAUUGUUCUCAACCUCAUCUUUGGUGUCAUCAUCGACACGUUUGCUGACCUGAGGAGUGAGAAACAAAGGAAGGAGGAGAUCCUUAAAACCACCUGCUUCAUUUGUGGGCUGGAAAGAGACAAAUUUGACAACAAGACGGUCUCAUUUGAGGAACACAUCAAGUUUGAACACAACAUGUGGCAUUACCUUUACUUCCUGGUUCUGGUGAGAGUGAAGGAUCCGACCGAGUAUACCGGACCUGAGAGCUACGUGGCCCAGAUGAUCGGAGAGAGGAACCUGGAUUGGUUCCCCCGGAUGAGAGCCAUGUCCCUGGUGAGCAGCGAGGGCGACAGCGAGCAGAACGAGAUGCGCUCCUUGCAGGAGAAACUGGAAAGCACCGUCAGCCUGGUGACUCAGCUCUCCGGUCAGCUGGCAGAGCUCAAGGAAUCUAUGACCGAGCAGAGGAAGAACAAGCAGAGACUUGGGUUCCUGGGCCCCGCUCAACCGAACAACUCUUUCACCCACAGCUCCAACCUGAAGAACAACCAUUGCCCUUAGACCUGCGACCAUAUUUGACGUGGUACCAUCGCUAAGACACAUAUGCCACAGAUCCAGUGGCACCCUUGAGUCGAGCUCAGUCACUUGGCUGUGUCUCGUGGAGAGCUGGUGAGUAAAUGUCCACCUCUGCCGACGCGGUGUCGCCAACAGCAAGUGUGAACGGUCACAGUUAACUCCGACUUGUCGAAACCCGGCGACUGCACAGUUUGGGUUGUGCACACUAAUGGACUCUUCUUCCUUUGAGCUUUCCCGCCUCGGUUGAGAUGUAUUUUUCCUAACUGGAGUUGGAGCUGCCUUUGUCCGUUCGUAAACGCUGCAAUAGCCCUAAAGUGCACUUUCAUCCAUCACGUUCACCGCACCGCCUUUUUAACUAUUUCCAACAAACUAGUAUUUAAAUGUGAAUAAAAAAAAGUUAUUUCUCAUUUUACUUAAAACAUGUAUUGUAACUUUGUCUAACUUUUGGUACAGAAAGUUGCUCCUCCAGUUGCUUUCAUGUUUGUACGUUUGUCUUUUCCAAGGACGUCAUUUUACCUUCCCUGUGGUUGUUUUUAAUCUGCAAACUGAAAAUGUUGUAAUAAAUGUGUCAUUC